AUUAUCAUAAUCUAAUUUUAAUUAAUCAUUUUCAACUGCUUUAUCUGUCCUUUUUCUUCCUAAUUUUCUUGCUUUCAACUUUUAGGGUUAGGGUUUUUAGGAUUCUUCUCACCAAGUUCUAGAAGAUAAAGGAGCGGUUACUUUUUUUAAAAAAAUACAUAUAGGGGAAAUUUUUUAUAGUUGUAGAUGGUGUAGCAAUGGAUGCAGUGAAUCAACAGGAACUGGUAGUGAGACCUUAUGGAUAUGAAUAUGAUGGGGGAUAUGAGAGGAAAGACAUUAAAGAAGCUCACAUGGCGGUCAUGAAUGGAGCAAUGAGUUCACUAAGCCAUGGGAAUGGAAUUGUUGGUGGAGGUGUUCUUCAACCUACACGAACCAGUGAACUCACCAUUGCAUUCGAGGGUGAGGUCUAUGUCUUCCCCGCUGUUACUCCAGAAAAGGUGCAGGCAGUUUUACUGCUUCUGGGAGGGUGUGAUGCAUCAGCUAAUGUGGCCAGAUCGGAGUUCCUAUUACAAGAAAAGGUCAAGGCUGUAGAUGAUUCUUCACGAGGUUCAAAGCUUUCCCGAAGAAUUGCCUCCCUAGUAAGAUUUCGUGAGAAGAGGAAAGAGAGAUGCUUUGAAAAGAAAAUUCGUUAUACUUGCCGGAAAGAGGUUGCCCACAGGAUGCAUCGUAAGAAUGGACAGUUUUCAUCAUUCAAGGAGUCCAAUUCAGCUGAUGGAAGCUGCGAUAAAAGUGAUGACACCCCUGAAUCUGUUGUGCGUAGUUGUCAACACUGUGGGAUCAGUGAGAAGUUAACUCCAGCAAUGCGUAGGGGGCCAGCUGGUCCUAGAACACUUUGCAAUGCUUGUGGCCUUAUGUGGGCAAACAAGGGAACACUGAGAGUUCUUAGAAAAGGAGGGGGGAGGAACACUCACUUUGAUUCAAAUGAGACGGAAGCGCGAUCUGAUAUUAAGCCUUCAAAGAUGGAACCAGAAAAUUCUUUUGCCAACAAUGAUGAGAAGGGAAGCCCAGAAGAGUCCAAGCCUGCACCUUUGGAUUCUGAAAAUCAUUUGAUAAGAUCAAACGAACUGGAUUUUGCACAAAGUUCUCAUCCUUUUCUCAUCCAGGUGGAGAAUUCCUCGGUCAAUCUCGAUGAUGAGGACAUGCAGGAAACAUUGGAAGAGCUUGCCGAUACUUCCGGGUCAGAUUUUGAGAUUCCUUCACAUUUUGACGAGCAGGUUGACAUCGAUGAUAUCGGGACUGUGUGGCCUGGGAUUUAAGAUCUUUUCCAAUCCUCUGAGGUGGAGGAUUCAUUUCGCUGACAUGUUUUGAUCAAGGCAAACGCCGGUACCGACUUGACUAUAGAUUUCCAGAGAUCUGAUUUUUAUAGACACGGGAUCAGGAUGAGGAUCACAUCCCCUUUGUAUGCGAGUGCUAAACUUUUAACAUCUCCUUCUGUUUUGUUGUAAUUGUAAUGUGAAUAAUAU